AAAGUGUUGAGAUGUUUAGCCCAAUUUGAUCAUUUAUCCUAAUAAAAAAGUUUUAAAUUACGCUGCAAUUGUGAUAGAAUUGGAUGUCUUACACCACAGCCCACUUCGAAGCACCUUUUUUUCGGCAACCAUCCUCCGAUCCAGUAGGCAGCCAGCGAACCUCCAUCGUGGCAAUGUUCAACAACAACCAAGAACAAGACCAUCUUGAAUCCAUUUUCAAGCAAAAACGGAUCCUCCGCUCCAAAGUCCGCCAAGCCCUCAAGUCCAUGGACCCAUCCCUCCGAUCCCAAGAAGAUGAUGUAAUUCAGACUAUAGUUUUGGAAGCUCCAUGGUUUAAAUCAAGUAAGAGAUUAUGUGCCUACAUAAGCUGCAGUGCUUUACGAGAAGUCAAUACCUUAAAAUUGUUGUCUCAAAUUCUGCAGAAUCCAUCCGCAGAUGGUAGUAUGCUGCAGACUGCAAAAAAGCUUUAUGUUCCGCGUGUAGAGGACAAGAACUGUAACAUGAGGAUGUUCCAUAUCUCACGCAUUGAUGAUUUAGUUGCGAAUUCGAUGAGCAUUUUGGAACCGGCUCCAGUUGAUGCCGAUGGAAAUGAACGUGAAGAUGUGAUGCAUGCAAAUGAUGCAGUUGAUUUGGUCAUUAUGCCUGGACUUGCAUUUGACAGAUCUGGAAGACGGUUGGGCCGUGGUGGAGGGUAUUAUGAUUGUUUCUUGAAGAACUACAAAGAGCUUGCUAAGGAAAGGAAUUGGAAGCAACCACUCUUUGUUGCCCUGUCUUAUUCUGUGCAGAUAAUUGAUGAAGUUAUACCCGUUACUUCAAAUGAUGCAUUGGUGGAUGCUCUAGUUUCACCAUGUGGUGUGGUACCCAUUAGCCCAGCUGCCUUAGAGAGUUUAACCCUGGCAGAAUGAAGCUUUAAUGUUGCAACUCAAAGUCAAAUAUUAGCGCUUUCUUCAAUAAGCCUCUCCUCAAAUUGCAGCUUGGAUAGCCUGCAAAUCUAGAGAGGAUUGUCUUUUCCACAAUGUAUGAAUGGCAUAAUACUUGUGUUAUCGAAGCAAUGGGAUACAAUUGUGGUGUGCCAUUUUUCAGAGGCCACAAGUGUUUGCCCUCUGGUCAAUAGUCAUGACCUUUGCCUGCUGGAAGUAGAGCUAUAAGUGGUAUGGAUUCUGAAUAAAUUUUUAUUGUAUUUGACUGGGCUUGAUCCUUGAUAUACACAAACAUGUUGCAAAUUCUCACUGAAAUAAAUUCUUCAGUCCAGUUUGUUGCGCGAUUCAUUUAUUUUGUUUUAAUAGUAUAAAAUACUGGAAUUUGUAAUAAUUUUUCUGCAUCAUUUGGAAUAAUGCCCGUUCA